UCGUCUGAACAGCCAGGGCCUGGGAGCCGUCACUAUAUAAAGCAGCAAAGACGUGGACUAGCAGACAUUUGCCUCUUGGGGACUAUGCGAGCAGGGGCCACCUCCGCGCUGAGGCUGGAUGCAAUGCCAGGUAUGUUCUUCUCUGCGAGUCCAAAGGAAUUGAAAGGAACUGAUCACUCCCUUCUAGAGGACAAGACGCAAAAAAGGAGGCCAAAGACUUUUGGGAUGGAUGUGAAAGCGUACCUGAGAUCUAUGCUCCCACAUCUGGAAUCUGGAAUGAAACCUUCCAAGUCCAAGGACAUACUCUCUGUCGAUGAAGUAAUGCAGUGGUCUCAGUCUCUGGAAAAACUUCUUGCUAACCAAACUGGUCAAGAUGUCUUUGGAAAUUUCCUAAAGUCUGAGUUUAGUGAGGAGAAUAUUGAGUUCUGGCUGGCAUGUGAAGACUAUAAAAAAACGGAGUCUGAUCUUCUGCACUGCAAAGCAGAGAAAAUAUAUAAAGCAUUUGUGCAGUCAGAUGCUGCCAAACAAAUCAAUAUUGACUUUCGCACUCGAGAAUCGACAGCCAAGAAGAUUAAAGCACCAACGCCCACGUGUUUUGAUGAAGCCCAAAAAGUCAUAUACACUCUUAUGGAAAAGGACUCCUAUCCUAGGUUCCUCAAAUCAAAUAUAUACUUAAAUCUUCUGAAUGACCUUCAGGCCAAUAGUCUAAAGUGACUGGUUCCCCACUGGAAGGACUCACAGCGGCGUGAGGCACAGAAGGAAUGUACCAGGACAGUCCCCCAGGGGACACUUUGGCCUUUCUGGAUGACUCACAGGCCCAGGGGAAGAACCACGGAUUCAGAAUGGAUUAACACAGAGGUCAUACAGGCUCUGGGCUAAGGAAGCAUGAGGUGAGAACAGAGAUGGUGGAAGGAUACCUGAAACUGUCCUGAAAUGCAGUGGCCCUGUGCAUUAGAAAGUCCCUGGGAACUGAGAAGGCUGGUAACUCCAUCUGCACAGAAACUGUGAAUAAAGGUUUUGAAACUGAUUAGAAUAUGCUAUAAGCUUCAAGGUCAACUGACAUUUAUGCUGCAUAUUGUCGUAAAGAGAUUGCAUCGAGCUGCUGAAAUCUCUUACUUGGAUGACUAUUGGAAAAGCAUGUGUUUGAAAAACACCAUUGCUAUUAUUGAUACAGUGUUUUCCCAUGUUGUUUUGUUUGGUUGAUUGUUUGGGGCUUGAAAGAGCUGAAGAGGAGAACAAUGUAUUUAUCUUAAGCUAUUGCCUUAAAAUUGGGAAGCCAGACUAUAUUUGUAAAUUAAAUUAUCACAGUGCCAAUAAUAAAUGUGAGUUUUGUAUUAAAAAAUAUAGAAGCAA